AGCUGAAGGAAGUCACCGCUAUAUAUCUUCCUUUUGGUUGUAUGUAUUUUCAGAUAUUGAUGAAUGCGCGGACACAAAGACCAACGAUUGCGGAUGGACUUGUGUAAAUGGACCUGGGAAUUAUAGUUGCUCCUGUCCACAUGGUUAUCACGGCGAUGGGAAGAAAAUUGGAGUUGGCUGUAUGAAGGAAAAAGAGGUUAAAAGAUAUAUUCCUUGGGUUAUAGGUAUUGGCUCGAGCUUCACAAUAUUGUUACUACUGCUUGGUAGUUUCUGGUUAUACCAAUUACAUAAGAAAAUAAAAAGUAGAAAAAUGAAAGAGAAUUUCUUCAAACAAAAUGGUGGUUUGUUACUACAACACCAAAUAUCUUCAGAGGAAAGUAACGUUGAGAAAACAAAGAUUUUCCUUGCAGAAGAGUUGGAGAAGGCCACAGAUCACUAUAGCAUAAACCGGAUUCUUGGUCAGGGAGGGCAGGGUACUGUUUACAAAGGUAUGUUAGUAGAUGGAAGAAUUGUGGCAGUUAAAAAGUCCAAAAAAUUGGAUGAAGAGGUGGAUAAAGAUCAAGUUGAGCAAUUCAUUAAUGAGGUUGUCAUACUUUCCCAAAUCAAUCACAGAAAUGUGGUUAAAUUGUUAGGUUGUUGCUUGGAAACUGAAGUUCCUCUACUAGUAUAUGAGUUCAUCUCAAAUGGAACCCUUUUCCACUAUACCCAUAACCAAAGUGAAGACUUCAUAUUUACAUGGGAGAAUCGAUUAAGAAUUGCUAUAGAAGUUGCUGGAGCAUUGUCUUAUUUGCAUUCAUCAGCUGCUACACCAAUUUAUCAUAGAGAUAUCAAAUCCACAAACAUACUGUUAGAUGAUAAAUAUAGAGCUAAAGUUUCUGAUUUUGGAACUUCAAAGUCAAUUGCAAUUGAUAAAACUCAUUUAACAACUAGAGUGCAGGGCACUUUUGGUUAUUUGGAUCCCGAGUACUUCCAAACAAACCAAUUCACUGACAAGAGCGACGUUUAUAGCUUUGGAGUGGUUCUUGUAGAGCUCUUAACUGGAGAGAAGCCAAUAUCAUCAACUAGAUCAGGAGAAGGGAAAAACUUGGCCAAUUACUUUAUCUCUUCAAUAAAAGAGAACCGUCUCUUUGAAAUCCUUGAUGUACAGGUUGUCAAAGGUGGCGAAAAAGAUGAUAUUGAGGUAGUUGCUAACCUUGCCAAACGGUGCUUGAAUUUGAAUAGCAAGAAAAGGCCCACAAUGAGAGAAGUUUCCAUUGAGUUAGAGGGAUUGAGAAUGUCUGCAGGGCAUACAAUGAUUCAACAAAACCUUCAACAGGUGGAAUCCUUCAUAGCUGUACCGUCCAGCAUAUGGGAUGGCGCUUCAACUUCAAAUGGAUUCAGAAGUUUAGAGAGUAGUGUCACUGUGCCAUUAGAUGACCAGCCACUAUUGUUUAACACUUCAUCUUAUUCAUAUUAUAGCAAGUUGAUGAUAGAAUAUGGCUUGGCCACAACUGCUGAGAAAUUUCUAUUGCUUAUUUGCUUUACCCCCUGGUAUCUCCCGCAUCACUUCUGCAAACCUGGAAGAAUCGCGAGAAAUGGAGGAGCCCAACGGCCGACGCUUCAGUUCAUCUCUUUGUCUUUAUUACUUGUAUUGCUAAAGGAUGAAGUAGCAGCAGCAUCAUCAUCUCUGGCAUUACCUGGGUGUCAGGACAAAUGCGGCAACGUCAGUAUUCCCUAUCCGUUCGGUAUUGGAUCUAACUGUUCCAAAAACUCCUCGUUCGAAGUUUCUUGUGAUUCGACUGCCGCCGCCGGUUAUACCCCCACUAUUAGCAUUGGGCUUCCUCCAGCUUCGGAGGUGGUAGAAAUAUUGCCUGAAAACAAAGUUAAGAUCAUUACCGACAGACUCUGGCUUUUCAAUGCUAGUGAAAAUGAAAGUAACUACUUUCUCAACUUGAUAGGCACUCCCUUCUACCUAUCACAAGACCGUAACGUAUUCACGACUGUGGGUUGCGAUAUCCUUGGCUACAUGAUAAGUGGUGGUAUACGCGUCGGAGGCUGCCUGUCARCUUGUAUAUUMAUGUCCGGAACCGUUGAGGUCAAUAAACGCGUUAGGAUCGCACCAACUGGUUGCAACGGUGGUUAUGGUUGUUGCCAGACUUCUAUCUUGCCGCUCCUUCAGUACCUCGAACUGCAAUCAAGUCGUGAGACAGCUUUAAAUGACACCGCGUACGCUUUCAUAGCUGACAAGGAGUGGCUCGGGAAUGAUUUUAAUGUUACCGCAUAUAGGGAAAACCCUACGGCGGAGCGCCCAGUGGUGCUGGAUUGGGUUAUUGGGAAUGGGACCUGUGAGACCGCUAAUCCCUCGUCCAACUGUGGCCCCAAUUCCUACUGCAGGAAUGUCACCUCUGGAGAUGGAUAUGCUUGUUUCUGUAACCGCGGCUAUGAGGGGAAUCCUUAUCUUCSACAAGGUUGCCAUGAUAUUGAUGAAUGCGCGGACACAAAGACCAACGAUUGCGGAUGGACUUGUGUAAAUGGACCUGGGAAUUAUAGUUGCUCCUGUCCACMUGGUUAUCACGGCGAUGGGAAGAAAAUUGGAGUUGGCUGUAUGAAGGAAAAUGAGGUUGAAAGAUAUAUUCCUUGGGUAAUAGGUAUUAGCUCUGGCAUCAUCUUCCUAAUUGGUGGCUUCUGGCUGCACUGGGGUUUCCAUAAGAGAAGGCUUUAUAAAUUGAAGGAGAAAUUCUUCCAACAAAAUGGUGGCCUUCUAUUAAAGCAACAUCUUUCCUCACGUAAUGGUCCUACCGAAGUUAUCAAAAUCUUCACCGUAGAUGAGCUUAGAAAAGCAACAGACAACUACAACGUGGAUAGAAUUCUUGGUCAGGGAGGCAAUGGCACAGUGUAUAAAGGAAUUUUACCUGAUGAUAGGGAAGUUGCAGUCAAGAAAUCCAAAAUAAUUGAUCAAAGUCAGGUUGAGCAAUUUAUCAAUGAGAUGGUCAUUCUCUCGCAAAUUAACCAUAGAAAUGUAGUGAAACUUCUGGGUUGUUGCUUAGAGACUGAAGUUCCAUUGUUAGUUUAUGAGUUCAUAAGCAAUGGAACUUUAUUUCACCAUAUCCACAAUGAAGGACACAAGUUUACACUAUCUUGGGAAGAUCGUUCAAGGAUAGCAGCAGAAAUAGCAUCUGCUCUUGCUUAUUUACAUUCUACAGCUUCCCCACCAAUCAUUCAUAGAGAUGUUAAGUCUGUCAAUGUACUCUUGGAUAAUAACUAUACAACAAAAGUAUCAGAUUUUGGAGCUUCAAAACUGAUUCCAUCAGAUCAAACUCAGAUUACUACAUUGGUACAAGGAACUUUGGGAUACUUGGACCCAGAAUACUUUCAUACAAAUCAAUUGUCAGAGAAGAGCGAUGUUUAUAGCUUUGGAGUGGUUCUUGCAGAGCUAUUAACAGGAAGGCAGGCACUCUCCUUUGAUAGACCUGAAGAAGAGAGAAAUCUUGCCAGGCAUUUUGUUAGUUUGGUGAAAGAGAACAACAUCCACAAAAUUUUGGAGGAACAAGUAAUGCAUGAGAGUAGUGAAGAUCAACUUCAAGAGGUAACUGAGCUUGCAAAGAGAUGUUUAAACGUGAAUCAAGAAGAAAGACCAACAAUGAAGGAAGUAGAAAUUGAGCUAGAAAGAUUUAGAAGGGUCGUACUUCCAAUGAUAGAACAUGAUUCUCAAGAGGCAGAAUGUUUGCUUGGUGAACCAUCAGAUCUCCAUCAUAGUAAUGUUAUAUAUGAUAGUAGUAUGAAUGAUCAUCUGGCAGUAUCACUGGAUAGUGCAUUGGAGAUGAUUGCUCAGAAUAGGUGCUGAAAUGGCCAUCUUUCUUGUUGACUUGUGAAAUUGUGUUCUACUAUACGGCUCAGACUUGAUAGCUAUAAUAAAAUGUCUAUUUUCAAUCUCGGCUUAGGGAAUGUAACUAUUAAUUCCAAAGCAUCCUUCUAUCAGUGGAUGAUACAAAAUUUCUCGUUCCUGAAGAUGAAUUACUUAGUUUCUCCAUUCUAUGUAAUAUACAACAAAUAACUGAAGGAAUUCAGGAGUGGAAGACCAUAUCAUGGCUUUGUUAUUACAAAUAGAAAAUUGAACAAUUU